GAUGGUGUACUCGGAAACUAACAAAGAUAAACAGUACAGGCCUGCUUUGUGAAAUAUUUCAAUCAGGGUUUUUUUUUUCCCCAACAAAAGAAAUCCAGUGAACCAUCUUAUCAUCUUAGAUAAUAUUCAGAUGGUUAAACAUUGCAUUCUGUGUCUACAGCAGCUGGUUUCAAUAGGGUUCCCUGGAAAUUCACGACCACCACAAACAACAGGAUCCAUCCCAUGAAAGCAAACCCCUGAUGGCCUUGAGGAGAACAAAAGCAACAGCUUCACACUUUCCCAUCAAUAAAGGUGGAGGUGUUGUUAAUGACAGAAGCACUGCCCUGCUUCAUAACCAAAUCCAUUCUCAUCGGGAGCUGGCCAGCUAUCAUAUUCUACUGGCCAUACAACCAUUGCUUUCUGCUGAUAAACACUGGGAUUACCCGCCAGCACCUGGGAUUUUUGGUGGACACUUGAGUGGGACCUGCCAAGUACAACCACGGUCUCCCACUGCGGACCCUCGAAGCUGCACAAUACAACCAUAGCCUUCUACUGGUGGACAAUGCAAGCUGCCCAGUACAACAAAGUAUUCUACUGGGGACCUUGAUAGUGUCGUUAUUUAUCCGUGCCUACCUCUGAGGCCCAUUGAUGUGAGAAUCCGAGAAAGGAGAGUAAGGCAUUAUUCACUUCUUUCUUUUCACUUCUUUUUUCACACUCGGGACAGAACCAGCAACCCUCAGGAAUGACAGCACUCGGUGGUAGGGUAGGACUGGAUCAACCCGUAUCCAGGAGGAUCUACACCCAGCAAGGACACCAAACCAACACGCUGGAGGGAGAGACAGUAUCACAGAGGAGGAUUCGUGCAGUGGGGCUGCUGCUGUCCGCUCUGCUGUCGGUGGAGUUCGUCCUUUACACCGUAAGUCUGUGCUCCUCCAAGUGGCUGGUGGUGGAACAGCUGGGAGCCAGCCAGGGCCUGUUCUCCGUGUGCAACCUUCACGACGGGCUCACCGCCUGCUACACCCUGCCACCCUGGGUGGGGGCCUACAGCCUGAGCUGGAUGUUCCUGGCAGGCUCUUGUGUCCUGUCCCUCGCUGCCCUCCUCUCCUUCAGGCUCAGAGGUCCUGCUGUUGUUCUCCUGUUCAACAUCUCCUCAGCCACACUGUGUGUCGCUGCUCUGACCGUGUUCUUGGUGUCUUUGGAGGAGCCGCUUCCAGAAAUGCUGGCUACCCAGUACCUGGGUUGGACCUUCUACAUCUGCUGCGGGAACCUCCUGUACACGGUGGUACUGUCUGUGGCCCUGGGUCUUUUCCAUGGAGCCUCCAUCCAGGUUGAACCAGUGCACGCGUGGGCGGGGGUGGACCUGCCUGUCAUAGCGCCCUGACCGUUGACCCAAGAGACGUCUGAAAACAACUGAAAAUCAAUAUGCAAAUAUGGCAUAUUGUAAGGAAGUUGUGUUACACAUUUGCAAGUCACAUUUGAUGGGACGGUUGGAAUUAAAGACUUGGUGAUGUAAAUCCAAAAAAUGCAGAUUUAAAAACAGCUACAAAGUACUAUUUUCAGAAGUAAAAAGACAGCUGAAAUAGGAAUUUAUAUUGUUCAAAAAAAGUUCCAUUCCUUUUUCCAAUGCUUUCUGUUGAUAACAGUUGUACAGCUGUUUCUAUAAAUACAAUUUAACUGACUUUAUCGAUUUAUCCCCAGACCAACGAAAUAUCAAAUAAUUAAUACAUUAUUAACUUUUAAUUCUAGAAAGUUAUGACUUUAACCGUAUAGCCUAAGCAAGACAAAACAAAACUAUUGUGUUGAAUCCAACUUGCAAGCUUGAAUUGUCGUUAUAGAAAAAUGUUGUUUAUCAACUAUAAUAAUCUAGUUUCCUUAAAUGUAUUAGUAUGGCAGCAUGAUUUCAGGCCGAAGGGCACAACGAUAGGACAUAUGUUUACCAAAUUAAUUAUCAGAGUUGUUGGCAUUAAAUGUAGGUCCAUUAUGAACACUCUGGUUUUGGUAAGGUCAAAGCCCAUUACCAGUGGUAAUCAAAGGUGGGGAAGGUAAGCUCUGCGAGUUGCAGAGACCAGGAAAGAGCAAGAUUCAGAAAACAAACUUUAUUUUGACUAACUUAAACUGUAGAUUAAGUAUUAAGUAUGAUUCAAUAAAAUCUUUCAAUCGUUGGAACAAGAAAAUUCUAAGUUUUUUGAAAAAGCAGCACUGUUCUUGAAACAUAUUCAAAAUACUUUAUAUAUAGCUCUAUUCAAGAUGUUAAGACACAUUUGCAAACAAGUAUAUAUUUGUUCAUAUUAUACUCUUCUAUUUAUUUUCAUAAAUGGUAGAGCUUGAAAUCCAAUCAUUGCAUUUGUUAUAUUGCAUUGUUGUAACGGUCAAUGUAAUGUGCAUGACUAAAUGACACCAACUGUCUAGAAUAAAACUGAAAACUGUGUUUAAGCAUCUUCAAUGUUUUUAUUUUCCCUGUGUAUAAUCCACAUUCCUAGCAACAGACACAUAAAACAUACAUAUAACACAAUAUCAAUAUUGUGAUCGAUGAUUGUUUUCCAACUGAUUACCAAAAGACAACAAAGCUUAUUACAUGAAUAGCUGCAGGUUGUACUGAAAGAACAAGUUAUCAGUUGGUUAUAAUCUUGCUUUUCUGUUGUGCGUAGUUUAAGUACAGCUGCUAUUGUUCAGACAGAGCAGGUCAUAGAGGCCCCCGGCCCCAAGACCUUUAUACAGGGCAUUGCAGGGCCAAUUUC